AUGGGUCAAGACAAUGAAGAAGACUUGAUGAAUCUACCAAAAGGUGUUGUUGGAUGGGAAAAUGAUAAAGAUCCUCAAAACCCAAGAAACUAUGCGCCCUCACGCAAAUGGUUUCUUCUAUUCCUUGUUAGCAUUGUGACACUAAUCAGUCCAUUUGCUUCAUCCGUUUUCUCGCCUGCCGCAUCAUACGCCGCAACGGAGUUCCAUGAGACUUCCUCAAUAUUAAGUACUUUGACAGUAACAAGUUACUUGUUUGGUUAUGCAACGGGACCCCUCGUGUUAUCACCCCUGAGCGAGUUAUACGGGCGCCAAAUCGUACUCAAUGUUGCGACGACAUUCUUCGUUUUAUUUCAAAUUGGCUGUGCACUUGCACCAAAUACAUCUGCUCUGAUAGUCUUCCGUGCUUUAACUGGCAUGGGUGGGUCCGCUUGUUUGACCACCGGCAGUGGUGUUGUAGCAGAUAUGUUCGCCCCGGAGCAACGAGGACUUGCAAUGUCAUUCUACAGCUUCGGUCCACUAUUCGGACCUGUUCUUGGACCUGUAUGCGGUGGCUUUAUUGCAGAGAAUGCCGGAUGGCGGUGGGUUUUCUGGAUACUUGUAAUUGCAGCCGGGACUAUGACAACAUUUGUUGUUGUUUUCAAUCGGGAGACAAAUCAUUCCGUCUUGAUUGAACGAAAGACAAAGCGGUUGCGAGUAGAGCUUGCUCGACCUGAACUUCGAAGCUGCUAUGAGAAGGCAGCGGAUGAGAACUCCAGCAAACUUGGUACUUUCGUUUACAGAAUGACAACUCCAAUGCGUCUGCUGUUCCGAUCGGGAAUCGUUGCAAUAAUCGCGACGUAUAUAGCCAUGGUAUACGGUUGUCUUUAUCUCCUCUUCACAACAGUCACCGACGUGUUCCAGAAUACAUAUCAUUGGGGAAUCGGUAUCAGUGGGUUGUCAUACCUGGGAAUGGGAACGGGCUUCGUCAUCGGUCAAAUCAUAUUUGGACUUGUCAGUGAUAAAAUCAUUGUGCGACUCACAAAACGCAACAACGGGGUUUUCGAACCGGAAAUGCGUCUUCCUCUCUGCAUUGUGUAUUCAGCCUUUAUCCCCAUUUCAUUUUUCUGGUACGGAUGGUCGGUGAACGCUCCUACCCACUGGAUUGUGCCUAUCAUUGGUCUUUUUCCAUUCGGAUUUGGCAUGGUCGGGAUCUUUGCUACAUUGCAGACUUACGUGAUUGAUUCAUAUCCUCGUUAUGCGGCCUCGGGAGUUGCGGCAAUAACUGUGACGCGGUCGUUGUUUGGGGCCUUGUUACCUCUGGCAGGGCCUUAUAUGUAUAAAGCCCUUGGAUACGGUUGGGGUAAUUCUCUUCUGGGAUUUUUGACUCUUGCAAUGUUUCCUAUGCCGUUCAUAUUCCGACGAUAUGGCCGGAUGUUGCGGGAGAGAAAUUUGGCUAUCUUUAAAUAA